UGGAGCGGGGCGGCCGGGUUUUGCACGAGGCCGGCGAUUGCUGCAGCCGCCGCGGGAGGAGCAGUAGCAGCAGGCGGCGGCGGCGGCGGGGAGGAGGCGAGGCCCGCGCGCCGGAAGUGAGAGCGGUUGGCGCUGCCCGAGAGGCAGGGAAGGAGGCCGGCCGGCGGGAGCAGCCGGGGGACGUUCGCAGAGGGGCGGAGGCCGGCGCGGGCAGGGCGGGAGGCGGCGCAGCUCCCCGGGAGGGCGAGGAGAAGCCCCUCCGCCGCCCCCGAGAGAAGGCAGCGAGGAGGAGGAGGGAUCCAGCCGCAGCCGUCACGAUGGAGCAGCUGUCAGAUGAAGAACUUGAUCAUGGCGCAGAAGAAGACAGUGAUAAAGAAGAUCAAGAUCUGGACAAGAUGUUUGGGGCUUGGCUUGGAGAGCUGGAUAAACUCACACAGAGUCUGGAUACUGACAAACCCAUGGAGCCAGUUAAAAGAUCCCCUCUUCGUCAGGAGACAAAUAUUGCCAAUUUCUCCUACCGCUUUUCAAUGUAUAACUUGAAUGAAGCCCUGAAUCAGGGAGAGACUGUGGAUCUGGAUGCCCUCAUGGCUGACCUUUGUUCCAUAGAGCAGGAACUCAGCAGCAUUGGGUCACAGUCUGCAAACAGUACAUCCAUGAAGCGCUUUGCCCCAGAUGGAAAAAUGGUCCAGAGGCCACCUGGUGGUAGCCGUCUUGCGGGCAAACACAGUAGCAUGAAGGGAUUGUCCUGCUCGUCCUCUAAUCGGGUAACGAAGCCUUCCCACGCGAUCUUUUCUCUGGACGACAUUACUGCACAAUUAGAAAAAGCCUCCCUGAGUAUGGAUGAAGCAGCUCAGCAGCCUGUCAUGGAAGACAUCAAGCCUGUGGUUACUACUCAGCACAGGAGGACAGCGUCGGCUGGCACUGUGAGCGACGCGGACGUCCGUUCCAUCAGCAAUUCCUCCCGUUCCAGCAUCACGUCUGCAGCCUCAAGUAUGGAUUCCCUGGAUAUUGAUAAGGUGACAAGACCUCAGGAACUGGAUUUGACUCAACAAGCACAACCAAUUAGUGAGCAUGUUGUUUCUGUGGAACCUUCCAGCAAGCGAGUCAGGCGCCACAUUGACUUUUCUGAAGAAGAGACUGAAUUGGCUUCUCACUCCUAUUUGGACAGGGAAACUUCCCUCCUUCUGAGAAACAUUGCAGGAAAGCCUUCUCAUUUGCUGACCAAGGAGGAACAAGCUGCUAAACUGAAGGCCGAAAAGAUCAGGGUGGCUUUAGAGAAGAUUAAAGAAGCACAAGUUAAAAAGCUGGUGAUACGUGUCCACAUGUCCGAUGACAGCUCCAAGACGAUGAUGGUCGAUGAGCGGCAGACGGUGAGACAAGUGCUGGACAACUUGAUGGACAAAUCUCACUGUGGUUUUAGCUUAGACUGGUCCUUGGUAGAAACCAUCUCGGAAUUACAAAUGGAGAGAAUCUUCGAAGAUCAUGAAAAUUUGGUUGAAAAUCUCCUCAACUGGACAAGAGACAGUCAAAACAAGCUUAUGUUUGUGGAGCGUAUAGAAAAAUAUGCACUUUUCAAAAAUCCCCAGAAUUACCUUCUGGGGAAAAGGGAGACCUCUGAAAUGGCCGACAGGAACAAGGAAGUACUAUUGGAGGAGUGUUUUUGUGGAAGCUCAGUCACAGUUCCAGAAAUUGAAGGAGUGCUGUGGUUGAAAGAUGAUGGCAAAAAGUCCUGGAAGAAGCGAUAUUUCCUCCUGCGAGCUUCUGGGAUAUACUAUGUUCCAAAAGGGAAAGCAAAGGUCUCACGGGAUCUUGUGUGCUUUCUUCAGCUGGACCACGUGAAUGUUUACUACGGGCAAGACUAUCGGAACAAGUAUAAAGCCCCAACAGACUAUUGUCUAGUGCUGAAGCAUCCCCAAAUCCAGAAGAAAUCCCAAUAUAUUAAAUAUCUGUGCUGUGAUGAUGUCAGAACGUUACAUCAGUGGGUAAAUGGAAUUCGUAUAGCUAAGUACGGGAAACAGCUAUACGUGAACUAUCAAGAAGCGCUGAAAAGGACAGAAUCAGCAUACGAUUGGACAUCUCUGUCCAGCUCUAGUAUUAAGUCAGGAUCUAGCUCAUCUAGUUUACCAGAAUCUCAGUCUAAUCAUUCUAAUCAGUCCGAUAGUGGGGUUUCAGACACGCAAAUGGGUCAUGUCCGUUCUCAAAGCAUUGUCAGCUCCAUCUUCUCAGAGGCCUGGAAACGGGGCACUCAACUGGAAGAGUCCAGCAAGAUUAGUGCCAGAAUGGACUCAAUAAGCCGACCGUUUACCUCACUGGCCAUUCCGUUGUCACCCCAAACAAAAACAGCCGCCCCAUAUGCAACAGCAUCACAGCCCUCGCCCCCUCUACCGCCACCGCCACCGCCCCCUCCACCACCUCCUCCUCCACCACCCCCGCCUCCGCCCCCUCUGCCUAGCCAAUCGGUGCCAUCUGGAGGGGGCUCGGCAACUGUCUUUGUAAAGUACAGCACCAUCACCAGACUGCAGAAUGCCUCUCAGCACGGGGGGCUGCUCUUCAAGCCACCUCUCAUGGCACAGCAGCCACCUCCGCUCCCACCACCAGGAAAGCCUCCAACUCCCCUGCCCCCGAAUGGUGUGGUCCCUCCCCCACCCCCUCCCCCACCUCCCCCUACCCCAGGCUCUGCAAUGGCACAGCUCAUGAAGCCAGUGCCUUCCAACCCGUCGGUACCACAAUUCACCCCACCGCCACCUCCCCUGCCACCUCUCAAAAUCCACCAGGUUCAUCAGAAUAUUCCUCUGCUGCCACUGACUGCUGUGACCGCUGCUUCACCGCCCCCACCUCCCCAAAUGCCUGCGCCCCCACCUCCACAAGCACCGCCCAAGCCGGUCAUGACUUUGCCUACACAAAACAGUGCAAAAGCCGCCUCACCUGUACUGACGCAGCCUACCCCUCCUGCUCCUUCUGCCAUGAAGAAACAGCCAAGCUUCACCACCCCACAAAUUCCUUUGUCUCCUGCCCAACUAGGCCCUACUCCACCACCCACAUUGCCCAAACAGCAGAGCUAUUCCAGUAAGUUUCCUCCCUCCCCCCAGUCUCCCAUGCCAUCAGUCGUGAAGCUAAUAGCCAGUCAGUUUCCGGCUCCUCCCCCUCCCCCCUUGCCACUCUCAGAGCCCCAGCCUUUAAAGCCUGCUCCUCUGAGCGUUCCCCCGCACUCCCCUCCCGCAGUGAAAGCUAAGCCAAAAUGGCAACCCACCUCAGCCCCUUCACCUGACUUCCCUCCGCCUCCCCCUGAGAGUAGCCUCCCGUUCCCUUCUCCACCAUCCCCGGCUCCAUCAGCAGUAUCUCCCACCCCAGAGAAGCCAGGUGGUUCUCCGGGAAAAAAAGCUAAUAAGACCUCCAGUCCCGGAGCAAAGAAACCACCCCCUACCCCCCAGCGCAACUCCAGCAUCAAAUCUAACAGCUCGGCUGAAUACCAUGAAUCUAAGAGACCCUCGGUGGACGCCUUGGUCAGCAAAUUUGCACACCCACCGGAACCUUCGGGCUCUCCUUCCAAGGAGACUUCAGCUCCCCCUGCUGCUCCUCCGAAGCCCGGAAAGCUGAAUCUGCCUAUUGUUCUUCAGCAAGCUGGGCUCUCAGCAAAAGCCCCCACCGUAGGAGCCUCUGGGAAGGGUGCCGGGGAAGAGUUUCCUUCUCCUCCAUCCGAUUCAGACUUUCCUCCACCACCACCUGAAAUAGAGCUUCCUCUGCCACCCGUAGAGAUUCCAGCUGUGUUUUCAGGAAAUACCUCUCCAAAAGUUGCUGUGGUCAAUCCUCAGCCUCAGCCGUGGUCUAAAUCAUCGGGGAAGAAAGCUCCUCCUCCAACACGCCCCAAACGCAACGACAGCACUCGACUCACGCAGGCCGAAAUCGCGGAAUCCCAGGUGACCACCAGCUCCCAAGUGCCCACUUCCCCCAAGUCCGGCCUUAGCGUUCAGCCUGGCUUCCUGGCUGACCUGAACAGGACUCUACAGCGCAAGUCCAUUACUCGACAUGGUUCCCUCUCCUCCGCCCGGAUUUCGAGGGCGGAGCCAACCGCUACAAUGGAUGAUAUGGCUUUGCCCCCGCCUCCCCCGGAACUCCUUUCAGACAAGCAGAAGACAAGCAACUUUGGAGGCGCUCAUAUAUCAGGCUAUGCAACUUUAAGAAGGGGACCGCCUCCUGCGCCUCCGAAACGGGAUCAAAACACCAAGCUUUCUCGAGACUGGUGAUGAGGAAGAUAACCGUAGCUGCGUAUGGGUUGCUUGCAAAAUUGUCAAGAUGACAUACGUGAUACAUUGGUAUUCAGUCUUGUCCAGUAGCUGUGAUUCAAAGAGAAGUACUGAAACAGUCACUACAGUGAGGACAUUCCCUUUCGCUAUCAGUCCUAAAAAUUUGUUGUUGGGGCUGGAGGGGUGGGCCAUUCUGAAUUUUAAAAUCCUCCGACUGGAUUGGACCAAAACCUUUUAUUAACCUUUUUCUUUCCUGCAGUUCAGGAAAGCAAAUUGUCGUCUGUCCACGUGAGACAUGUUGGUGCAUGUAUUACAAAUGUAGGUAUAUAAUAUAUUGUGAAAUAUUUCAUUUGCAACGAUAGAGGCUAACCAGAAUGUUUUUGUACAUCUGUAUUUAUUGUUUCAGUCAACUGAAAUAUAUAUUACCGGAAAUUGGGAUUGCUGUGUUAAUCAGUAGUCUUUUUACCUUUUGAAAAAUGAAGGUUUUAGGGGGCACUUUAAAUCAGAAGAACUUCUUUUCACAGUUGGUGACGGGUAUACGGUGCCGGCGGAUUGUAUCAGUAUCUUAACGUUGUCAAUUGAUUGAAAGAAAAUACAGACACAACCUACCAAAACAUUCUGGUCAUGAUUUACUGCCAAGGUAAAGUCCAUUCAUAGCCCCUGGGACCUGGUUCUGUAUAGGGGGGGAGUAGAGUGAAAUAUUCAGAAUAAAGGCAUUCUCUCUGAAAAGGAUAGAACUGCAAGUAGUCCAAAGUUCACAGCUCUUUAUCAGUGUACCACAGGCUGCAACCGAAUCCACACUUACCUGGGAGUAAGAUCUAUUGAACGCACUGGGAAAGUUACGUAGGCUCAGACUGGAAAGCUGCUCCCCCAAACACUUGGCAGAGUAAGUUGUACUGAACUUUACUUUACGAGAGUGGCGCUGCAUGUAACUUGUGUGUGCUAUUCCAGACUGAUUUUUUAAAACAUGCAGGUCUAUUUAAAUGGAAGCGAUGCAGCUCCCAUCCCUAACCAGAAGCACUAUGGGUGUGCCGAGCAUAUAUAUUCUGUUAAAUUUCUUAGGUACUUAGUGCUAGCCACCAAUGUGGCAACAUAUGGUUGGGUGCACAUCAAACUUUAUCUAAGUCAGGGGUCUGCAGCCUGUGGCUCACCAAUUGGCCAUGCUGGCAGGGGCUGAUGGGAUUUGUAGUCCAGGAACAUCUGGAGAGCCGCAGGUUGCAGACCCCUGAUCUAAGUGUACAGUUGCACGUGCAAAUACAGCAUAUUUCCAGGAUGGGGUGUGGGGAGGUAUUGCUUAAGCAUUACUCAGGAGCUGGCAGGUACCGUUUCCCCGAAAAUAAGACAUAGUAGAGGUUUUGCUGAAGUGCUAAAUAUAAAGCAUCCCCCGAAAGAAAGACGGAGCAAAGUUUUUGUUUGGAAAGCGUGCCCGUCAACCAGAGCAUGCAGCUGUGGAGCGGAAAAAUAAGACAUCCCCUGAAAAUAAGACAUAGCGCAUCUUUGGGAGCAAAAAUUAAAAUAAGACACUGUCUUAUUUUCGGGGAAACAGGGUAUGUGUUUGUAGCAGGAGAGCAUAGCAGGUGCUCCACAAGGGUACGUUGAGAAUAUCUGGACAGCUGGAAGAUGGCUGCUGCAUCAGACAGAGCUCUCGUAGCCCAGACGGGAUGGUAAUGGUGUGAGCUCCAUAUGAAAAUGCAAGGGGGCGGAGACAACCAGCCUCUGUUUCUGGCGUGCAACUCGGUGGAAGAACAAACGGCUCUUCAUGCAAAGCAAGUGUGAUGGAAGUGGAGCGUUAAGUUCAGAAGCCCCUCAGAAACCUCAAUGGGUGAGGAAUCCCAACUCUGGAAGCAAGUAUGGUGUAUACUGUACAAGAUCCAGAUUGGAACCUGUAAUUACUGGCUAUUAUUAUACAUGAGCAUAUUUACAGUGCAAUGCAAAGGGGAGUUACUCCAGUCUAAGCCCACUGAAAUGAAUGGACUUAGACUGGAACAACUCCUUAGGAUAGCACCGUUAUCAGUUUCAUAUCAUGAGUGCCGUGUGCCUGUGGUGAGCAAUAUUUGCUCUUUACUUGAAAACUACUUUUUGUUUUAAGGGGGACUGUUAAAGCUGAGGUGAGUUUAACCCCUCCCCCCCAAAAAACCUAUGUAGUUUGUGUGCAGACAUGAGACAGGAAUUAGUUAAUUCUGGGAUUUGAUCCCUUAAAAAUUGGUCUAUCUUGAGCUCAAUGAAGGAAUUUUUUUUUUCAAAUAAGGGUCAUUCUGAAGACUCAAAGGGAACUAUUUUUCCUUAGAAGCAGGCAGGAAUUUUGGUCUGUGUGGAGCUUAGACUGGGGGAAUCCUAAAUAAAGAACAUGAUCUUGUCUUAUCCGAUGGUUGAAAUUGCUGAAGUUUCCCCUCUCCCCAAGUGUAAUUUUCCUACUUUACAUAGUUUACUUGAGCAAUAAGAAUAUACCACUGUGUGCAUUUUUAAAGCCCUGCUGUUGGAAGGCACUUUUUUUGUAUCUUUCAAGGCAUUCAGAGUUUGGUUUCUUCUAUUUUUGUGCUUAUGAAGUGUCCUUAAAACCAUUUGCAUUACUUCGUCUUAGCAUGCUCAGUAGAUCUGACUUGCGUCUUGGAGUUACAAUUUACUCACAAAGCAUUGGUGCUCUGACUUUAUCGUUCCUGCCGCUGCUCGGACCAAUUCCUUGAUGUUAGAAAGAGCAUCUCAUCAAAUCGGCCUGAAGAGUGUAUCGGGUUUCUUGUGCCUCUAAGCGCAGCCUUGGCCACUGAAGACAUGUGAAGCUGUUUGGUUAGUAAGAUCAGUUUGUUCGCCCCCAUCCCCUGCAUUCUUGUUCAUCUGGAACAGGUACUUUGGGGGUAGUCUGCAUUUCUUCCCAACAAAUGCCAAGACUGGAUAACCACUGUUUGCUUGUGACAAAAAGUCCGCUUGCAGUAAUAACUUUUGGGGACCAUACAUUUCUCUGUACCAGUGGAUGUCGCUAAGCAGUCGGCAUCAGCUAGGCCAGAGAGACAGCCUUUUCUGUCAUUCUUGGCUGCUUUUUGAGAAUGGGUACCAAAAAGAAGUCACAUGUCUCAGAUUUUGCGGGUGACAUUUAUGUAGCUCUCUACCCAUUUGGGUUUAACUAAUCCUGCCACAGUGCGAUGUUUUAACCUCUGCCACGGCCGCUUCUGUCUGUUGGCCAUAAUAAAACUGCCUACAACACUCUCUGCAAGAAGUUCUGGAACACACCAGGGCAGCCGAGUGAGCUUCAUUCGAACAGAACGGAGGCUGAAUUUUCUGUGCAAUUGUUGCCCUUAGAUGCAUGUCUGUAUUUAGGUCUAGAAGCUGACAUUUCAUUUUGAAUUCCACAUUAAGGAAUGAUUUUCAGGGUUCCUUGAUAACACACAACUGUGAUCAUAGCUGUUAAACGCAAAAUGUUAUCUUCGUUUCUAUCAUUCGCAUUUCUUUGCUUAAGAUUUAAUUUGGGGGGGGGGAGGGAGAUUCAAACAGCAACUUCUAAAGUUGUGUUGCUCUAGAACACUUAGUGAAAAUUUGUUGUUAAACAACAAAACGGUUGCUAGGCACAAUGAUAUACUUUGAGAUGUAAACCAUUGACUUUUGCGGAUUGCCGUUCUUUGGAGAGAACUGUUCUGAUUAUUUAUACACGUUGCGAACAAGCAUCCUUGCUUUCGAGAAGGGGACUGUAAAGUAGGGGCUUGUUUGUGCAGAGUUGCUCGCUCUCCGUUCCCUGACCUGCGGAAGGGGUGUCCUGUCUUUUGGUUAACGGUUCACCUAGUUAAGAGUUGCAGUGGGCUUCCUCGCCACUGAAAAUGUUAGUAAGUUACAUGUGCUGAAGCGGAACUGUCUGUCACCAAACGCCCUGCCUCCAUUUACGAUCAGUAAAAGAAUAUGCCUUCGCCACUCUGGACCAUUAAACCCAGGACUGAAAACUGGAUAAUCCUUUUUAGCGAGACCUGAAAAGACUGUAGCAGCAAUGCAAGAACAGAAAUACAUAGAACUUGAGCUAUGUAUUCAAAAUGCCCUCCCCCAGAUGGCGCCCAACAUUAUAGCCACGUGGGGAAAGGAGACAGGUCAGACACACCCUGUGCCAACGGGCACACCUGUGGAUGCUCUGCCUGUGUUAAGAAUUCAUCCCCGCUUUCAGAGCUAGAUAAAUUUUCCCACUCAGGACUACAGAUUUUGCAGCACGGAGCACUGGGCUCAGAUUAUGUUCACCCCUGUGUUGUCAGGACUGCUCUGCCUGGGUGCAGUUGUUAAGCUUGAGCAAGCGGAACAUGGCUUUGCCAGAAAGACGGUUCUAGUCACCCUGAGCCCAAUUGGUUUUCUUAAGCACGAAGGAUGCCUUGUUGAAGUGCCCUUGGCAACCCAGAGCCAGUAGAGGAUUCUCAGCCGUCGAGGUUAGUUGCAGCCUCUUCGCACAAACCAGAUAACUUGACGACCAAAUCUUUCAGCCCCUGAUGUGUGUUUCGCCCUGGUCUGUAUGUCAUGGGAGGAAAAAAAAUGCCUAUUACUGGUGCAGUGGCACAAGAUAUGUAUUUUACGUGCUUUUUUCCUGUUCUACAUAUGUUUUAACUGUGGGAAGGAACCUGAGCUUUGUUUUGACAGAUGUUAGUAUCCGGUGGUGGUAAUUCCUAAUGGAAAUGAUUAUGCACAUGUGACACACCAAUGUGGCAACCAUGGUUUUUGUCUGUGCAGCAGAUCUGUGCAAAGUGCUGUAAAUACAUUUGUGUUUCCUGCUUUACAGAGGGGGAAAAAAAUUGCACAUUUCCUCUUUGAGUGGGACGGCCUCCCUUGUCCUUCCCCUUGAAAGAAAGAAGGCAAAGCUCUUUAUGAGUGGUAAUUUAUGGUUGACGAGAGCUUUGUUAUAUAUAAAAUAUUCUAUAAAUAUGUAUAAAUAUACUUUUUUAAGCAUGGGAGAAGAAAUACAACAUAAAUUCAUGGCAAAGUACCUAAUAGAAAUCAUUAUACUGUGGCAUAUGCACAAGUCAAUAAAGAUGUAGUUAAAUUUC